UAGAGUAUAGGUGCCUUUCCCGAUGCUCGUCCGCGCUUUAUAGGACCCUCUCGAACCGGUGACGAAGUUGCCCUGUCCGGUCAACACGCAACGCGCUUGUUAGAGAUAUCGUCGCCAGUCUUUCUACCAAAAUGAGUGCAUCUCCAUCCGGUGGCCCAAAUGGCCAGCGGCCUACGCCUCCUACUGGUGCGCCCGCCUUGCGCCGCCCGCGCAAUACCGCCAAUCCCAUGGUACCACGGAAAAAGCCGACCGCUCGACCGCCUCCUCCCAAGGCCGGCCUUCCUCCGUUCUCAGGUCGGGCGCCUCCUUCUACUACUGGCUUACCGCCUAAAAACGUGGGCACUUCUAAGCCUACCGGAAACUCCAAGAAUUCGCUCCAGCCUGACAAGGCCCCUCCGCGUUUCGAUCAUCUGCGAGCUCAAAAUGGCGGCUGGUCCACUCCCUUGCCCCCGGGGGCCCAAGAAGUCCCUCUUUUCGUCACCAAGAAAGCAUUGAAAGAGGGCCUUCGUUUCCACGUCAUGCGAUUCGCUCCCCAGAUACGAGGAAAUAAGCAGGCUAGGAUAGACCCCAGCGAUCAAGAACACUUCCCUCGCCCCGUAACUCUGCAACGUCGCGACCCAAGGCAGCCCCCCCCGGGCCAGAAGGAGAAGGAGGAAGAACCUGUCGAGCAACCUCCGGCUAAUACUGAAGAGGCCGAGCGGCAGGCUCAGAUCAAGGCGCAACGUGAUGCACAGCGCGCGUUGGAUGACGCGCAAAAGGCGCCUGUUCUUAAAGAUGCCGAACGCAAGCGUCAGCAGCAAAAGAACAAGGAUGAGAAGAAGACCGGGACCCAGGUUCAUUAUCAGCCACGCACAGAGAAACAGAAGAAAGAGGCAGAGAUUCGAUAUGAAGAAGCUUUGCCGUGGCACUUAGAGGAUGCAGAUGCAAAACAAAUCUGGGCCGGACAAUAUGAAGCAGCUCUAUCUGAGCGUAUGGUUGCUCUGGUUCCCUACCCAGAAACCGGUGGUUACCGAAUGUUGCCAUUAGAAAAAUGGUAUAAGUUUACUCCAAAACGAGGCGCCUUCCAGCACCUAUCAAUUGAGGAGGCUGAGAAGCUCAUGGGCAAAAAGGCAGCACCUACACGUUGGGCGAUAAGAGACUCUGAUAGAAACAAAGCCGUCAAUGCCCGGGAAGAAUCCCGGAGAAUCAUGUAUGGGCCGACAGCAGUCAAGCAGGAAAGCUCCACAUUCCAACAGGCAUCGCGAGGCGAAAAGAUGGAGCACGAUGAUAUUGAUAUGUCUGGGGAUGAAUUCCAAGAUGAUGAUGAAACUGCUGGCUUUGAACCUGACCGAGACGAGGAUACCAAAGAUUCCAAGGACAGGGUCCGACGUGAGCAGCUUGGCGCUAAUUUGUUCGGCGACGCAGACGAGAAAAAGGUUGAGAAAGAGGAAGCUGAAAUUCAGAAAGAAGAGGAAGUGAGAAAGCUGUUUGGCAAAGACCUUAAGAAAGCUUUACGGAAACGUGAUAAGCAGUUCCAGUAUGACAGCGACUCAUCUGGCCGAGACCCGUUUGCGUCAUCAUCUAGCGAGUCCGGCUCCGAUUCCGAAAAUGAGGAUGAGGAUAACAAGGCAGAUAAAGAUAAGAAUGGCACUGGCUCUAAGGGACCAGGAACGCCUCAGGGCAAGAAAAGUGCAGCUGAUGCUGCGAAGAAGGGCAAAUCUUUGAAACGGCCAGGCUCCCCCCUCGGCUCAGAGUCGAGCGGCACUGAGUCCACUCGGAAUAAGAAAAAGAAGAAGAUUGGGCCCACUAACUCGGUUACUGGCAGCCGUAGUGCCACGCCCCUACCUGGCGGACAAUCCGCUCGGGGUGCCGGAUCUACCAGCGACGGCGAAGCUGAGAUGUCAGACGGUGCUGGAGGCAAGGUUAAGCGGCGCCCACAUCUGGGCACUGGUGCUAAGGGUACACCCACAGGGUCCCGGGCUGGCAGUCCCGUACCUUCGAGACCUCGGGCAGCUUCUCCCAAUCCCAAUGCGGCCCAGGAGGCCUUGAAACCUAUUACAGCCCAGGAUAUUCUACAACAUUUGCCGCCUCUCCCUGGAGGCAUCACGAUUGGCGCGCUUCUUAAGAAGUUUGAAGGCCGCGUCGAUAAAGAAGGUCACCUAAGUCGGAAGGAGUGGCUGCAGCUGGUUAAAGAGAACACUGUAUUCAACUCGACCGAGAAGUUGCUACGUCGCAAGGCCUAAACGAACUCCCAGAUACUCUGAUAAAAUCUUGUUUAUGGUCCCUGCUUUGUAGGUUGAACAGCUGAGAUCAAUAGACCCAUAGUCUUUGGGGGGACCUUUACACCUCUCCAGGGCCGAGUGAUGCAAUGGACGCCUAGUCCGCCGCUGAUUCAAACCCCAUACUGGACCACGAUGCAUUGUUUGUUCACUGUGGCCGUCGCAAUUGCUUGUUGUUAUAAUAAUACUUUCCCCCCUGAUGACAGUCCAUUUCUGAACAUGAGUUCUACCCCUUGUUUACAUAUU